UUUUUUAUAAAUAAAAAUUCCGUUUUGUAUGAUUAAAACAUAUUUCAAACGAUAUUGUCUCAAGCUGUUUCUUUGCAAGUUCUUUAAAAAGCGUAUACACAGCAAAAUGAUGUUCGGAGCGUCAAAAAUAAUGAGAGUAAUGGGGCAAACCCUAUCGGAGCCGGUGACGGAGAAGCAAUCGUCGACAUGUCAGGACAGCCGGUACCUCGUCGGAUCAUCCUGCAUGCAAGGAUGGCGGGUCUCCAUGGAUGACUCCCAUACACACAUACUGUCCCUACCUGAGGAUCCGGGCACUGCGUACUUUGCAGUAUAUGAUGGCCAUGGUGGUGCAAAUAUAGCUGAGUAUGCUGGGAAGCACUUACACAAAUUUAUAACAGCUCGACCUGAAUACCAUCUUGGCAACAUUGAAGAGGCUAUGAAACAGGGCUUCCUAGACCUGGAUCAGGCGAUGCUCGAAGAAGACAUGCUGCAGGAGAAGGUAGCUGGCAGCACAGCAGUUGUGGUGCUUGUCAAGGAUAACACCCUGUAUUGUGCCAAUGUUGGAGAUUCUAGGGCAGUGGCUAGUGUUCGCGGAGGGGUAGAGGUGCUCUCAUAUGACCACAAGCCCAACAACGAAGAGGAGUUGCGUAGGAUCACGGCCGGGGGAGGUUGGGUACAAUUGAACAGGGUCAAUGGGAACUUGGCCCUAUCCAGGGCAUUGGGGGACUAUGUGUUCAAGAGGAAUUAUAGGCUGUCGCCUCAGGAACAGAUUGUUACAGCAUUCCCAGACGUGCAAGUGAGGCAAAUAAACGACGACUGGGAGUUCAUAGUGAUCGCUUGUGAUGGCAUCUGGGAAGUUCUAUCCAACGAGGAGGUAAUAUCAUUCUGCCGCGUCCGCUUACUAAGCGGUUGGGAGCCAGCUGCGGUCUGCGAGGCACUAAUGCAACGCUGCCUCGCGCCCAACUGCGCGACGGGAGGCCUCGGCUGCGACAACAUGACUGUGCUCAUCGUGUGCCUCGCGCCUUUCCCGCGCCUCGAUCCCGCUACUACACCAGUACCCGAAGAGCAAGAAUUAAACAGCAAAUUCAUGACCAAAAUGGAAGAUUUACUCUACGUCGAAGAUGAGGAAGAGGACCUUAAAUGAAAUGAAGCUAUAGAAAAUAUCACGAAAGGUUUAGAUCGAAUUGUUGACUGGUCUCAAAAUAACACUCUGGUACUCAACACAUCGAAAACCAAAUGCAUGAUAAUCGGCACGAAACACCAAAUAAAUACUGCUGAAAAUCUAUACGAACCAAUUAUUGUGAUCGGACUCGAAAGGGUAAGAAUUACAAAAAAAUUAGGUCUGCUUAUGGACAAUGAACUCCGCUUUUCAGACCAUAUUAAUAAUUUAGUGCGGAAUGCAUUUUACAGGUUAAAAGUAUUGUAUAGUAUUCGGGAAUUCCUCUCUGAAGACGUAAGGAAACUUCUAUCUCAUUUAUCGGUGCUCUUGUCAUUCAAUUACUGUGAUGUUGUGUAUGGACCUAGGAUACUUCAAACGACAAAAAAAUGUAUUCAGAAGGUCCAAAAUGCUUGCAUUCGGUUUUGCUACAGAGUACCAAAAAGGUCUCACAUAUCUCCUAUCAUAAAUGCAAAAGGAUUGCUUUAUAUAGAAUCAAGACGCCAUGUGCAUUUAUUGGUUUUCAUACAUAGGGUUAUCACUGAUAAACGUCCAUCAUACCUAUACAAUAAACUAUUUUGGUGCGCUGAUGACCAAAACUUAAAUACUAGAUCUAAACUAAAAAAUAAACUUAUUAUACCGAAGCACAGAACACAGGGAUAUAAGGGUAGCUUCAAAUAUACAGCUUCAAAAAUAUGGAAUAAUAUUCCCCCACCUUUAAGAAAUAUUAAAAACGCAUUCAAUUUUAAAAACAAGUGUAAACAUGUAAACGGGAGUCAAGGGUUCGAGCUGAAAAUCAGCGCUUGGCAACCCCUUUUGGGAAGCCUGAGCAUAGGCUUGUGCUUUCGGUAUUACAGCCUCCAUGUUAAGUUUUUCUUUAUUUUUUUGCUGUAAUACUGGAAAAAAAAAACUUCUAUUCUAUUCUAAGUAUUAGAACUUGUUGAUGUAAAUCUGUGUACAUAGCUAGGUUAGCGGUGUUCGACUCUAUCGUAAACGUUUUAAGGUUGAUAAUCGUUUUUAGGGUUAUAAGUCCUGGUUUUUGAUGCAUAAAUGUUAGGCGCGUUUUAUAUUUGGUAGGAUGAGUUUGGUAGUUUUUGAAUGACCGAAUUGGCGUUUGAUUUUAGAGCAGGGUGAUUCUGAACUGGUUCGUGAAUGAGAAUGCCCAUGUAGGCUUUAUUUGAGGAAAUAUUUGUUUCUUUUGGAGCCUAACAACUCCGAAACUAUAUCAAUAUCUUCGAGUAUAUAGCAUAGGCUAUAUUUUGUCCGGGUACAGGAAGAAGUUCCCCCAAGAUGUGAGCGAAAUCGCAGGAAGCCAGCUAGUCUACCAAUAAAGAGACUCCAUCUAGCGUGUUGGGUCAUUCAAAGAUUGCUAUACAUGCAGACUAGUCUUGAAUUCCUAACAAUUUAAUGAUAUUCUCACAGUUAAUUAUUUUAUUGCAUUAUAAACGAAUUUUAGUGAUUGACAUCCCCAUUAUAUUAAUCUUGUUUUGGUAUUAUCUUCAUAUUUUUGGUAUUUAUGUUUUGUUUCCGAAAAUAUAAUGCGUGACUAUUAUUUUUUAUUGUAAUUUACUUUUCAAAUAGGAAUUUUGUCUUUAUGAAAGAAGUGGUCGUUAUUUUAUUUUGUUUAUUCAGCAACAUAUUUUUUAAUAUUAAUUUUAAAAUACAAAAAAUUAAAUGUAUUUUAUUAUUUAUAACUUAUUACCAUUUGAUGUUAGCUGUUAUAUUUUGCCAUAAUUAGCUGAGUUAUUAUUUUCAUUUUGUGACUUUGAAAUACUGUUUUAAGCUGUAUUUAUUUAUCGCAGUUUCAAGCUAUUGUUUUAAAUGUGUAUUUUUAAUUGCUAUACAUACAAGUUCCUCAGGAUUGGCCUUUUUAUAUGGACAGACGACAAAUCGUUCAUAAUUAUUUUUUAUUAUUUUAUUUUAAAAAAAUGGUUGUGUCGUCAGUAUUAAGUUUUUCCUUAUCAAAAUUUUUAAGGUUUUUUGUAAUUGCAUAAAAUGUAAUAAUUUGUACAUAAUUUUGUGUAUAAAUUGUAAAUGAAAAAAUAGUUCUGGUCAAUCCUUAUCCUGUGAUACUAAAUAAUUUAGCUUUUAUAUUUGAAUUUACCUUUUAUUUUGCAAUUGUAUCGAAAUUUUUGUAAAGUCGUAUUUAUAAUUUUAUUAUUACACUUGUUGCAUUUUUGCACUCAUUUAUUUAAAAUGAAAUGUUUAUUUUUUAAGUUUUUAUUUUUAAUUUAAAUAUUUAAGGCAUUUUAUUAUUUGGCGCUGGAUUGUAUCUUCAGCGCCCAAGAUCUAUUAUUUUGAUGUAUUUUAAUUUAUUUGUUAAUUUGUCUUAAAGAUAUUGUUUACUGUCAUAUAAACAUGCAUGUUAUUCAGAAACUACCUAGAUUUUUAGUUGUUUUGAUACCUACAUAAAAAAGUAGAGUUAAAAGAUAUCGUUUGGUUCCAAAAUAGGCUUUCGAAAAAUAUUAUUGGUUAUGGAGUGGAUAGAAGUUUUUUUUAGAACGUUGUACUGUGGAAAUGAAUCACAGUAAAUUGAGCCUUAUUAAUUAAAUAGGUAAGUUGUAGGGUAAAAUAAUAAUUUGAUUCGCUAAGGAAAAUCUUUGUCAAACGAUGGAAAAUAAUUCAAUUUUCUCGUUCAUGUUUUAAUUAAUGGAUGCUUACCUACAGCAGUUAUUUUAUUUAGUUGACCUUUUUUUUAAUUAUUUAUUUUGACUUCGUCAAAUUCAUACUUAUGGAAGAUAUAAAUAACUAAUAAUCUACGGGCAUAGAUAAAGUUAUUUUUAUGCUUGGAUUUUGAACUAGGUUGUUGAUAAUGUAAAUAUCGUUUAUGAAUGAUUUUUAAUACGAGCAUAAUGAGGUAGAAUUUUUAUUUAAUGUAGCUUUUUUAUAAUCGGGGAAACUAUUCGUGAGUCGGACUUGACAGGACCAAUAAGGUAUGGUAUCUCAUUGAUGCUCCAGAAAACAUCAAAUCACUCCUGUGAACUUCGAUAGGUACAUAGGUCUGAACAGCUGUUAAAAUUUUAAAAUGUACGAACGAGAAACCGCUGCAGAGGUAAUUAAUAUCUCUCUGGUUCCUGGUUGGUCCUUAUCGGCCUCUGAAACCGGACACUAUGAAACUUCAUCAUUAUCAUCAGCUCCAUAUCUCAACCCACUGACAUUAUCAUCGUCUCUGCCUAACCUUUUCCCAUCAAACCUGAUGCAACUGAGUAACAGUAUUUUACAAGGAGUAUAAUAGACCCAUCCCACCUGAAUACAUGUGCCAUGGUCUUACCUUUCUUCGGAGAUUGAGAGAUUGGUCCAUUAUGAUACCUCAUCAUCUGUCAACUAUGUUGGGGGCGGCUUCCAGUCUAACCGCAUGCAGCGGAGUACCUGUGCUUUACAUGGAGCGACUGCCUACCUAACCUCCUUAAUCCAGUUACUCGGACGACCUUAUACUCUUGGUAAGACUGGUGUCAGACUUCCUGGCUUGAUUAUCCGUAAUGACUGCUAAACAUGUUAAAAUGACAGAUGUAGGUAAGUACAAAUACCUAUUAAUGUCUUCGAAAGUCCUAAGCUUCGAAUUAUUUCCCUGAUUGUAUCUUUUAUACUAUAGAACAAUAAUUUAGUUGUAUGUUUUGAUAAUGUUAUGGUGACAUAUCUGGAAUUGCACUAGUCGCGUUGUAAGUAGUCCGGUGUGUACAGUACCUUAUGUUAAAUUGUGAAAACCUAUGUUAAUAAAGUUGUACAUUUUUAAA